ACCUUAGAGGCCAACUCAGAAAACUUCUUAAGCCAUUAACUACCCAUUGACUCUCGUGAACCAUUACUCUUCGCAGUGUCGAAAACAUCGGCGUGAAGCGAUUGUAUCUGGAUCUGGUCGUUCUAUCCCGUCUUCUGUCGGCAGCCAGCGGGAACGGACGCAAGCGACUUGGAUUUUUGAGACUUUCUUCCUAGAGUAGACAACAGAUGUUAUCAUAUCACGAUAUGACUGCUCAGGCGAGCCACACGGAUAUGCAACGUGCAUCAACGGCACUCAACUUCCGUUACACUCACUUUGCGAUGUUGUGUAUCGACCACAAUGGACAGCUGCGAGUCGAAGCCUCGCCAUCCAUCGCCGGCUGUGAAAAGGCCAUAUUCACCGAGGAUGUGCAGGAACGAUUCUUGAAAACCGUGGCCACGGCAUGGCAGCCGAACCUGCAAAGCCUUCAUGCGAACACCCUGGGUCACAUGAACGGCGAUGUCACGGGAAAGCCAAUGGUUCUGUCCAGUCCGUCGAUGGGACUGCAACCCUCCUGGUACCAACACGGCCUCCCCAGGCAGACAGACCUCAUCCCCUGCGAAUGGCAGUCCCUGCAAAAUAAGCGUCACCGGCGAAGCCUGAGACAUGAGCUCUCGGGCCUGGGACUGGACCUCGACUCCGCUUCUCCCAGUCCAACCCUCCGGCGAACCGCGCUUCGAAUCGGCCAGACUGAGCUCGUGCGGCGAUAUUAUGAAAAGGCGUUCGAGGCUUUCCAGCAGCUGAACUGCAGGGUUGUUGCCAAGGCCUACGUCAAGCUGGUGGAACCGCGCAAACAAGUCAACCAUCCGUACAAUGGGCGAAGGACCACCGGAGCAUCGUCGCAAAAAAUGGACCCGGAAUUGACAAAGCCAAAGUGGUGGCCUACUGGAGUAACGCACAAGGAGCCUGAUCAUCUGCAAAAGGCCGAGAGAAUCCGGCUGCUCGUGCAUAUUCUGUGCGAGCUAAGAGAGAGCCGAGGAAUCACUGCUGAAAAGCUCAAAGAUGCCGGGCAAGAUGUGCGGCGUCAAAUCCAACCCGAGGGGCGUCUACAUAUCUUGGAUGAGAUAUACUACGUGCGGUAUAUGGAAGAAUUGUCCCUGGACGGAAAGAUCAGCGAGGAUACCAUUAUCCACGUUUCCCAUGUUCACCUUGACGAGGAGUUCUUGUUUCCCGAACUGCGAGAACCGACAACCAACGCCAACCCUCGCGAACUCUCCCUUCCGAUCAUUACCAGCAAACCGGAUGCUCCGAAGCCGACCGAUGAGGGCGACAAAAGCUCUGGGAAUGAUACGAAUGCACCAAGCGACAACGCGCACAAUGAUGUAGCUGCACCCUCCGAUGAGCGCCGCCUGCCCCCCAUGGAAGGGAGCCAGUCAGGGAAACGUCCAGCAGCUCAAGAUGGCGGCUAUCCACCUUCGCCAGUAUCAUGUCCUUCGAUCAGCCGAAAGAGCUCAUUGGAAAGUGGUCUAUCCACAUAUUCGGCCGAUAUGGCCUCUGCGCCAAUGCUACCAUCAAAUUACUAUGGCCAGCAAAUUGCCCCAUCAUCCGCUGGGCAAAAUCCUCAGUCCGGGUAUUGGAACCUUGCUCAUGGACAUGCGUUCAAUGGAUACUGACUAGGGGAAACGAUAAAAAAGAAAACACGGUCGAAAUCCUUUCCUACUUACUCAUUGUAUAUACACCAUGGUCUCCUUUGUACCACGACCUGGCUUUCCUGAGCAUUGCACUCCCUGUUCAUUUCUGGUGUCUCUCAUUUUGGGGUUUUCUUAUUUUUUUUUUAAAAGACAGCUGCUCUUGAUGUAUAGAGGAUUCUGCAGCGUUAAUUGACUCGGCUAAAUAGCAAAUCAUACUAUUCCUAAUAGAAACCUAUCA